AUGAAUCCGCAAUCACGAUCGACGUCCUACUCGUCGACCCUAGCACCACGAGCAGUGCGACGCCCGUCCGUCAGCUCGAGACUGUCCUUUGCGGUUUCCAACGCCGAGAGGGGGGAGAACAGUAAUGGCCAGGGGAUGGCGGUGCAACACCAGAUAGAGGAGGAGAUAGCAAAGAUCAAGCGCUACGAGGUUGGAUUUCACAACCAUCGGUAUGCUCCUCCCAACCCUCAUGACCAUGGGCGCAUUGCCAGCACUGACCAAACUCGGAAAACAGACUGGGUGCAAGACGCCGCCCGCGAACAACUACGCAGAAAGUCACGAAGGAAACGAACCGCGGGUCUCUACGACACAGGCCGAUUCGACUGGAAGCAGAGGAUACUAGAGUCUUACGAGGCAGCACAGGGAUGGAUCGUCGUAACCAUCAUCGGCGCCGCUAUCGGCCUCAACGCCGCCCUUCUCAACAUCAUCACCGAAUGGCUUUCCGACAUCAAGCUUGGGUAUUGCAAGACGGGGUUCUACCUGAACGAAAACUUUUGCUGUUGGGGGGAAGACAACGGGUGCGCCGACUGGCAUAGGUGGACGGGGUUUGAGCCAGUGAAUUAUGUUAUUUAUAUCAUAUUUGCGGUUGGUGUUGACGGGAUGCCUUUGUGCUCUGAAAUUAUGCUGACUGGGGGACAGAUUUGUUUCUCUUUUACGGCAGCGACGCUUGUCAAGUCAUACGCCCCCUACGCGGCUGGAUCGGGCAUCUCAGAGAUCAAAUGCAUCAUCGCAGGCUUUGUCAUGAAGGGCUUUCUUGGUUUCUGGACCCUCCUCAUCAAAUCCAUCGCCUUACCUCUCGCCAUCGGUUCUGGUCUCUCGGUUGGAAAAGAAGGGCCCAGCGUCCACUACGCCGUCUGCACGGGCAACGUCAUCUCGAGAAUGUUUACCAAGUACAGACGAAACGCCUCCAAAACCAGGGAGAUCCUCAGCGCGUGCGCCGCGGCAGGUGUGGCGGUUGCUUUUGGCAGUCCCAUCGGAGGUGUGCUCUUCUCUCUUGAAGAGAUGUCUAGUUACUUCCCCCUCAAGACAAUGUGGCGCAGUUACUUUUGCGCUCUGGUCGCGACGGCUGUUCUCGCGGCCAUGAACCCUUUUCGUACUGGACAGCUGGUUAUGUUCCAGGUCAAGUACGACAGGACGUGGCACUUUUUCGAGGUGGUGUUUUACAUCAUCAUUGGGAUCUUUGGGGGGUUGUAUGGUGCUUUUGUCAUGAAGUGGAACCUGAGAGUGCAGGCGUUUCGGAAGAAGUACCUGUCCAACUACGCCAUCUUGGAGGCGACACUGCUGGCGGCCGCGACGGCGAUUGUCUGCUACCCCAACGCGUUUCUGAGGAUUGAGAUGACGGAGAGCAUGGAGAUUUUGUUUUUGGAGUGUGAAGGCGCGGAGGAUUACCACGGGUUGUGCGAGCCGGAUCAUCGGCUGAGGAACGUGGUUUCGUUGUUGGUGGCUACGGUGGUGAGGGUUUUCUUUGUUAUUAUCUCGUAUGGGUGCAAGGUGCCGGCUGGGAUAUUUGUGCCGAGCAUGGCGAUUGGGGCGUCGUUUGGGAGGACGGUGGGGAUUAUCGUGCAGGCGUUGCAUGAGGCGAAUCCGGGGAGCGUGUUCUUUUUGACGUGCCAGCCGGAUGUGCCGUGCAUCACGCCGGGAACGUAUGCGUUUUUGGGGGCGGCGGCAGCAUUGAGCGGGAUCAUGCAUAUCACUGUUUCGGUGGUGGUUAUUAUGUUUGAGCUUACGGGGGCGCUGACUUACAUCCUUCCGACGAUGAUUGUCGUCGGGGUGACCAAGGCAGUCAGCGAGUUGUUUGGGAAGGGGGGGAUAGCGGAUAGGAUGAUUUGGUUCAGCGGGUUUCCCUAUCUUGACAACAAGGAGGACCACAAUUUUGGGGUGCCCGUGUCCCACGCUAUGAUUGCGGAUGUGGUGUCGAUCCCUUCGACGGGUCUCACGCUCAAGGCGGUGGAGCGACUCCUCUCCAAGGACUCUUACCAAGGUUUCCCAAUUGUGGACGACGAAAACAACAAGAUCCUGCUAGGUUACAUUGGCCGGACGGAGCUCUGCUACGCGGCUGAGCGCGCGAGGAAAGAGAGGACCCUUUCGCCUCUGGCAAAGUGCACCUUUGCUCCUCGGACUAACAUCGAACCAAUCCCGACAAUCUACGCCCCGGCCACCCCUUCUUCGUCUUCCGCUCCAUAUGGGGAGCAACACGAACCAGACUACAGCACCUCGACCCAGACGACGAUUGAUUUCUCGCCUUAUAUCGACCUCACGCCCUUGUCGGUCCACCCUAGGUUGCCGUUGGAGACGGUGAUGGAGCUGUUUCGAAAGAUUGGCCCGAGGGUGGUGCUGAUCGAGCAUAGGGGGCGCCUGAUGGGGUUGGUCACGGUGAAGGACUGUCUGAAGUAUCAGUUCAAGGCUGAGGCGGCAGAGCAUGGGGAGCGGGAGAGGGAGAUGCUGGGGAUUGAGGAGGAGGGGCAGGAGAGGGUUUGGGAGGUUAUGAGGGGGGUUGCGGGGUGGGUCAGUGACAGGGUGUCGGGGUGGAGUGGGGGGAGGGUUAGGUUGAGGGAUAGCUGGGAGGGGAGUAGGAGGCAGGAGGCAGGGGGGAUAUUGGAGGGGACGGAGAUGGAGCUUGAUGAGGGGGGUGGGGGGUUGGAGCAGGAUGGUGAGGAUGAUGAUGGUGGUGGGGGAACGAGGCGGAGGGGGAGUACAAGGAGGUGA